CUGCCAGAAAAACAAGAAAGUUGCCAAUUUACAAGUGGAUCUGAUUUCAGAAUAAUGCUGACUCUUGGUAUGCAAAAGGUUAAAAACCUUAAACGAAGUGUUAGCCCUCUUAUGAAGCAAUCUCUUGAUUAAAGGUCUUGUGUAUUGUGUUUGAGUGGAAAUGUUUUUAGUAUGUUUUGAAAAAUCAUACAGAUUAUAAUUUUCAUAUUUAUACUGUUUAAUGUUGAAACUGUGGGGGUUUUUUGAGCCAUCAUUGUAUAAGAGCCACAGCUUGUCCCACGUUCUGUCUGUUGGCCAACCUGUCAGAAGUAAUAAGAAUGCUUCUCAAAAAGGACUGUAAAUGUCAGCUGCCAUUUCUAAUCAGUGGGGAAGGAAAUAAGCCUGUUGUGUUUUCAAUGUUCUUACCUAUGGAUUUAUUUCUUCUGUUCUACAAGUGAGCCUUUGCUGCCGUGCUGUGUACAAAGGUGAUGUGAUCCAUUUGAAGCUCUGGUAUUUCACUGUAUCUCAGGAUGUUUUGGGAGUUCAGUUAUCGUACAAUUAACUCUCUUUAAUGCAGUCAGCCCAGUGCCUUGCAGCUGCUGGAGGGGAAGGAAUAUGAGAGCAGCACCUGGAGCCAGCCUUUUCAGGAGCAGUGCUGCAGACCUGCCUCUCUCAGCGUGACCUCGUGUGUGACACCCAAAGACAAUGGCCACAGGAGAAUCCAGAUAACAAACACCAACUUUCUUUGUGUCCUUGCUGGGGAAGCUGCUCCCAGCCCAGGGCACAGUGCUCAGGUGUUCUCAUCCACUGGGAACUUGCUGCUGCUCCAAAAGCAAUGUCAAAUACAUGGGGACAGCUUGCCUUAAAGCUGUUUUGUGUUAGCAACCUGUGGGAUUUUUGUUACCUGUGUACCAGUGGCUUUCUGAGCUGUCACCUCGGCAGUCUCUUCAGGUAGGUACAGCUUCCUAAUUUCAGUUUUCAGACUGAAACAAGUCACACCCUUCUGGGGUGCGCACAGAAAAUAACUCCUGUGGUUUUCUAGAGUCUAAAGCUAGCUGAAACUGUUCUUACAGGAGUGGCACACAUCUUGCCUCUGGACCUCUCCACAGCUGCCAUACUGAGCUCCAGUGCUGUGUUUAGCAGUCAGAAAGGCUUUGCUGUUGACUAAAUGAAAAACAUAGGGCAAGGAGAGCAUUUUCUUGGCGUUUUUCUUCCUUCUGCUGUUGGGAGGAAGCACCUUUUUGUAGGGAGAUGGUCACGAAAAAAUUGCCAAAGGUAUUCCUUAUUUUUCCUCCAUUAAGAGUAAUUUCUUUCAGAUGGCUCUUAGCCUGCUCUGUGGCAAUAUGCUGGUGAGAGCUCUUUGUUUGAGAUUGAGCUUUUUCAUUCUCUUAUAAAAAUAAUGCAUCUGCUUUGCAACUUUUUGACCUAGAUGCCUUUUGCCUUUUUAAAUUUCUUUCUUGUAGAAUUUCCUGUUUAUUUAUGAAUUUUCAUACUCAGAAAUUUCAAACUUACACAAAGAUACUUCAGUAAUUCUUUUGACUUUGAUUACUAUUUUAAGACUUCAGUUUCAAUUUACAGGGUAGCAUUUUUAAUUAAAAGCACAGUGCACAGUUUGUUUUAUAUGUGCUCUCAAUUUUUAAUUAUAUAAAUGCUUUUGAUCUUUUACUGUUAGCAUAAGUUAAUUUUUUUAGCAGGAGGUUUUUUUCAAUAUUACCUUUCACAUAUUGUACUGUAGAGUCUGAUUUAACACUAGGGUUCAGUUGAAGAUGAUUCAGUAAGUGAGGAAAUGAAAUGUGAAAUGGGAUAAUAUAUCACUGUACAGAUUGCUGUUUUCUGUAAGAACUUGGAAAGUGAAUGGACAUAUUUCAUACCUUGCACUUUGGGCAUGACUCCAGUAUGAAGUAACAGUGUAGGUUUUCCAUAAGAAAUACUAGUUAGGGGUCACUGUGGUGUUUGCUGUAGGGAAGUAAUUUUGAUUUGACGGUAACAAAAUACAAAGUGCCUCACUGGUUUCCAGUAACAAAAGCAUAACCUGUGUUCUGAAAAUUCCAGCCCAAAAAUGAGCAAGUAAAUCUCUUAGUAGCUGAUGCUUUUUAAAAGAGAGAAAGACCUUAUGCAGAACUAUUAACUAGCUACAGAAGUGAAGGCUGUUCAAAAGCAGGAGAGCUGUGGUCUCUAGCUAGCAUAAAACAGCUGGGUUGAGUGGGAAUCCUGCUAGUGAUUCACAAAGAUGUGAUUUUAACCUAAAUGUGUUGCAUAGAGCUCUUGCACAUUCCCCCAGAGAAAAGGAAUUCCCAUCUGGAGGCCCUGUCCCUUUAAAGCAGAGCUUUCCACAUCUGCAGGCAGCAGAACCUGGGCUGGGACUGGCAGUGUGUACAGUGCCCUGCAAGGAAGAGAAUACAUCAUACCAAGAAGGAAAGUGAAGCAAUCCAGGACCUCUCAGGUUUCACAGCCUCUAAUCAAGCAGAACUACACAUCCAGGCACAAAAAUAGCCAGCAGACAAGUACAGACAGUGUUCUUGAGCUCUGACAUGGAGGGUGAGCCAAAUAGCUUUCUCCCUUGCUCCUGUGCCUGCCACAGAAUUUUUCCUUAUGCUGGAAAAUUUGAAGACUUUAGGAGGCUUGAAUUCAACCAUAUUUGGUUCAAAUUUUCUACUCUUUUCUAGGUUGCAAGUAAAAUAGUCUUUUCUUCAAGCUUAAAGCUUGAUGUCUAAGCCUCUGUUUCUCCCUACAUUUAGCAAUUUUUUCCCCCUUUUGAGUAUUUUUAUGCUUCUGUGUUCCUUAAUGUCUAGUGGAAUUAGACAUGACAUCUACAAGCAAUCUGAUCCCAUUUUUUAAUUAAACCUGGCUAGUGUUCAUCAAGUUGAACUGAGAAGUUUCCUUUUGCUGGUUCUUGUGUUUUUAGAGACUGAGUUCAUCAGAUUACAGUCCAAUUUCUAAAACUGAAUGAUUUCAUAAACAAGAGUUGGCAAAUCAAGGUGCUUAAUGAUUCAGAGUAGUUGAUUUGUGUCUAGAAUAUAAAUAUCUUCUGUGUCUGUUACAUAAGGAAUUGCUUUCUUGAUAUUUUAUGUGUAAAAUGGUUUUUAAAUACUGUGAGUGGCUGUUGGGGAAUACUUCUGAGAAAUUUGUCAUGAGCAUUUGGUUGUUCAGACAUGCUGAUUGGCAUGAGCAUGCAGACAGAAAGUAUAGGUCUGUGAACACAUCAUGCUAUUUUUACUCUGAAUUUUCUCACUGUUGCUAGAUAGCUCUAAGUGCUUAUUCCAUAGUCUGUGACUGAAGGUAGUUUUUGUUGUUUCUUUAGUGAGAAAUUAGGAUGAUUUUGCACACUGGUAUCAACCAUAGGGGUGUGUAUAAAAAUUAUAAAAAAUUACCAACUGCUGAUCAGCAGUUACCUCCUUGGUUGAUGAAUUUAUUCACUUCAUUCAAUUGUUUGUGGCAACUUCUGUGCUUCAUUGUGGCAGUUUGAUUUUCCCUAUGGGCUUUAGCAGUGUUGGCAUGUAAUUCUUGCCAUGGCAGCUGCUUCUGGCAUUCAGUUCACAGAACUGGGGAUUUGCCAUCCUUGCAGCAUGCCAUUUAUCUUGUCAGUCCUUCUGUGGCCAUAGAAGCUGUGUACUGAACCUGCAGGAUUGUUGUUUCAAUGCUUUUUAACCAAAUUACGUUGUUCGGGCUCAUACCUUUCCUGUGUUAACUAGGGCACAGUGGCUGUGGAGCUCUCUUGACAAGUUGGGCACAAUGGUAAGUGGGAUAGGAACAAUAUUAUUUGAUGUUUUCACAUCUCUUCAAAGUGGAGUGCUUCUGCCAUUCCAGCAGCAAUGCUUUAAUUUCCCAAAGGGUGAACUGGCUUUUGCCACCCUCCCUAUGGGCAGUCUCAGUGCAUAAACUCCACUAGCUUGUCCCAAUGCUAAGGUUUUUUUAUGUUAAUAUAAGCUAUUUUUCUCAAUAUCUGCUCUGGCAUCCUGAGAAAUUCUCAUAUUCUGUAUAACAGAAUAGGAAGGGAAUAGACAAGCUGAAAUGUUUGUGUUUAGCAAAGUUGGUGCUGCCUCUCCCUGAGACAUCCAUUUCAGAGUUUCUGGCCAUUCCAGGUGAAGUAGGCCUCCAUUGGAAGUGAGAGAUACACAGUGCAGUGAGUUCCACAAUUCCUCAAUUCACUGAGACAACACCGGGCUUUUCAUUUUUCCUAUUCAUUUAUGAUUGUUGCCACUCUUCACUGUGAGAUGGGCUUUAAGGUCAGGGAAGGUUUUCAGACCUUCCUGAGAUAUUUUGAAAUUACCUUGGUCUGCAGCCUGUUGAAAUAGCUGAGGUUUUCCUGCUUGCCAUGACAUGGAGCUUUGCUCACAGUGCUUGGGUAGCCAUGGAGUGAACAACUUUUAUGCUGCUUUUAUUUCUCAGCUGAAUGCAGCACAUAUACAAAAGUACCUGUAAAACCACAGGUGGUUUGUGUUGAACAAAGCUGAGGCAUUGGAUUGUGUAACUUGUAUCCUAAGAAUUCAGACCAAUUUCAAAUUUUCUUCUUGUAACUUUACUUGGCAUGAAAUUUAGAUUCUAGUGAUGUUCUGUUGUCUGGAAUACUUCAAUCAUCAAAUUAUUUCAAUGGGUAUAAUUUGUUUGUGAGAUAGUGUGGCUAAUCAUACUUGAUUCUUUAUUUGAUGAUAAUCAUAAAAUAACAAUCAACAAUCGGCCACCACUGGAUGGAGUUAUUUAAGUAUCAUGCACAUCAGUUUGGUGCAUAGUGAUGUAUUCUGGGGGUACUUAGAUCAGAGAUGUGUUCAGACCUUUUUUUGUGUUUUUCAGCUUGCUAGAAAACAGUUCUGUAUGACUAUCAGCAAUGCAAUAACAUGUGUUCUUUUCUUACAGGAACCAUAAUGUUCUUUCUCCAGCCUGUCAAAAGUGCAGUUCCUUGUGAAAUGGUAAGCCAAAUGCAGAAGCUCCACCACUGAAGGGGGAAAUCCCAAAUCCCUUCCACCUCUGCUUCUUCCUCUGAGUCUGUGGCUGUGUUCCUGGUUUUGGUUGUUCCUGUGUUCCUGGUGUUCGUGGUUUUGGUUGUUCCUGUGUUCCUGGUUCCUGGUGUUCUUGGUUUUGGUGGUUCCUGUGUUCCUGGUUCCUGUGUUCCUGGUUUUGGCCUCAGCAGUUGUCAGAUGCACCCUGAGCUUUAGCUUGCUCAGACCACAAGUUGUUUGGCCAAAUGUUUUUCUACCAUUUUAGUAAGGUUUUGUGUGUCAGUGAAGGGUCCAAAGAGCAAGAAGGAGGGAGAAGUACAUGCUCCUAAGAGACAGGAGAGAUGCAGCCUGUUUGUCAGAGAAAUUACAGAUUUGGGUGCCUGUCGGUCUGCAGCCCAAGCACCAAACAUCCCCUCUUAAAAUUUUCCAGUAUGAUCAUUUUAGGCAUCUUUUAGGACUGUUAAUGAUGGCAUUGAGAUGUCUCCUCCCUCACAGCACUCAUUUUUGGUGAUGGUAAUGGUUGUAUAGAUUUGACAACUUUUUUAUAUCAUUCAGCUGCUGAAAUUCAAUUGUUAUGGCAAGUCAAUUGCCUCAGAUAUCACAGUUGAUUUUCCUGACUAAGACAAAGCAUUUCUAAUACUGUUUCCUAUUUUUUUAACUUGUCUAUCCAAUUAAAAAUACAUUUCUUGUUAAACUCACCUGAAGAAUCCCCACAAGAACAAUUAAUGCAGCAGCCAAAUUUACACUAAUUUUCAAACUUCUGUAUCUCAUGUUAAUAUCAGUAAUGCUUCUGCUUAGUCAGCCACAGCAAAGUUACUGAAAGUUUUAUAAAAAAUUACCAACUGCUGAUCAGCAGUUACCUCCUUGGCUGAUGAAAUUUGAAGGUAAUGAAAAACUUUGGUUGUGCAAAUGUUUGUUGCUGAUCCUGGUUAAGAUUUCGCUAAAAGGGGGGAGAUAAGUGUGGCCCAGCAUAAGCAAUGAAGGGGGACAGUGUUCCUGGGAUUUGGAACCCAAAUAGAAGGCUGACAAAGAAUGUAGUGGCAAAUAAGGAUAGGAAUAUCUAGAUAGAUAUAUAAUCUGACCUAUUUAUUACAGACAGUUGUAGACCCAGUGGAAAAUCAACUGAUGGAGAAGGCAAAGAACACCAUUUUCCUAGCAGAGGUGUGUGAAAACCAAGCUUUAGAACUUUGAAUCAGAAACAAUAUAGUAACGGUGAGGACUGAAAUGGGAUUUUGCAAUUCAAUGCCAGUAUAGAUUAUAGAGUGUUUGAAUGUUAAGAUGCCUCCUUGUGAUGUGUCAGGAUUGCCACCUGCACAUGAGGUUAUGGGUUCCUGUUUAUUGCACUGGUCCGUGCGCAGAAACGUUAAGGAACAAAGAGCUGCGAGGAGUUGCUAUGGUUCAGCACAGGUGUGUCGGUGCUCGCCCUGCGGGGCCUCGGCUGACUGCCCACCAGCGGGGCAGGGGCCGCCGUUCUCGCCCGGUGUCUCUCCCCAGGCCGUGCCUCAGGGCUGCACACGGCGAAGACGUGAGGGGCCGGCCAUGGCAGAGCCGCGGGGGCCGCCGGGAACGCCGCCGGAGCCCGCCCCUGCCGGCGUCGGUAACCGCCCUUGUCGGUGCCCGGAGCCCGCUCCCGCCGGUGCCCGCCCCUGCCGGCGUCGGUACCCGCCCUUGUCGGUGCCCGGAGCCCGCUCCCGCCGGAGCCCGCCCCUGCCGGCGUCGGUAACCGGUGUCCGCCCCCGCCGGUGCGCGGCGCUGCCUCCCGCCAUGAGCCCGAGCCCGCCGCCCGCUAAGGGCCGGCUCUCGCCCAGCCCCUCGGAGGGCUCGCCGCUCUCGGUCCCGUCCCGCUGCAACUCCCCGGAGCGGGCGGAGCCUCCCGGAGCCUCCCGGAGCCCGCCGGGCCAUAGGAGGACUGAACACUCUGAAACAGCAGGGGGGAGAAAAGUGUCACCUUGGAAAGAUAACCUUUCACCAUGGGAAGUGUGGUUCAUUGGCAAAGAGAAGGAGCUGCGUGCCCGCCUGCAGGCUAGAGCUGCAGAGGAAGUGAAUAAACAGCUUGAGGAAAUGAAGCAAAAUCAAGAAUGGGAAAGAAGAAAAAGGAUAGCUGAAGAGAAACACAAGGAAUGGGUCCUAAAAAAGAGAGAAGAGGAAAGAAGAGAAAGGAAACGAAAGAUGAGCAAAGAAAUGGCAGAAAAAGCCACAAGGGAACUGGAAAAAAUGCAGCUAAAAGAAAAGGCUGACAUAAAGUAUAAAGAAUGGUUAGAGAAGAAGAGAGCUGAAGAGGCAGAAAAGAAGAAAAAAGAGAAGGAAAAAGAAAAAGAACGAGUGGCUGAGCUACAGGAGAAGAGAACAAGAUCAGAGAAAAUCUUUAAGGAAUGGCUGCAAAAUGCUAGAAAUAAACCACAACCUGCUUUAAAUGGUUAUGGUUUCCCACAUGGGAGGUCUGCAGGGUGUGCUGAUGGAAAUCUGUAUCCAGCUCCAGCAUACUGUAACCCCAUUCCUUGGAAGCCAGUACAUGUGCCUCCCCCAAAAGAAGACACAGUUCUCACCAGGAAGAGGAGUCAGAGACCUGGACCUUGUCAGCCAUGUGCAGCUUUACCAGUGGAGAUUUCUAAGCCCAGGACUAACCCUUGUAUUGGAUCCCUGUGCAGAAAGAAGUUAUAGUCCAGAAAAAAUGUUCUUACAACCUUGACCAAAUGGGGCCAUAAAUGUGAAGUUCUGUGUAGUUAUAUGUCCAGUGCAGAUUGCUUUGUGCCUGCCUUUUUUUUUCCCUUUUUUUCCCCCCUUUUUUUGAGGAGGUUUUGUGUUUACUGCUAGUUGACCAAUCAGGCUUUUAAUGUUUUUUUCUAUAUUGCAUUUUAGUUUACGAAAAAGAUCAAUUGUAAUGGGACUAUACCUCAAUGCCAAUAAAAUGCACAGGGUUGUUUCUUCCUUUCCUCUCUUGUUGUUGGAGUUCUUUUGUAUAUGUCAUUUUUCUUUUGGGCAACAGUAUUAACUAGGUUAUUUUAAAGAUAAAUUUAAUU